CAUCUUGAUAUCACACGCAGCAGCAGUCGCUACUGAUCCCUGCGAGUAGGCGUAAGGCAUAGCUGAGCAGCAAACAAUUAAUAGUGGUUUAGAAUACGUGUACAUCAUACGCGUCUCCAAACGAUACGAGAGAAUUUCGCUUUCGCACUUUUUGAUACGAUUCGUACCAAAAUGAAAUCGACUUGUGUGAUUUGCGUGUUGCUGGGCAUAACGAUUAGUUCGCUGGUAUUAGCUGAGGGUAUAGCAGAAAUGACAAAUGCAACACAAACAUCUACAUUUGCUUUGUCAAACUCUACAGUGAAGCAGACAGAACAGAAGGAUAAUAAAACAACAACUUCUGAGCCUACAACACCUACAUCAACUACAACGACAUCCACUGUUUCAACUCCAGUUACAAUUCCAAAUACUACUACUCCUACACCCACUUCAAAACCUACUACAUUAACACCUACAAUUCCUACAUCUACAACUCCUAAAUCUACAACUGUAACGCCGAUGACAAGUACCAAUGCUACAAUAACUUCUACUACUACUAUAUCCACUAGUACAUCUGCGGUAAAAACAACAGCUGAACCACCAACUACUUCAUCACCUACCGAGCAUCGUCAUUUUGAUGGUCUAAGCUUUUUUGGUGGCAUUAUUCUUGCUACAUGUUUGAUGGCGAUUGCCACAUUUUCAUGGAAAUUCUAUAGGCAAUGCAAUGAAAGGAACUACCGUACACUGUGAUAAGGUGCAAGGCUGUAAUAAACUUUCGAUAACUAAAUGCAAUUGAUCGAAUUAAGAACUACGAAUAAUUAUUUUAUUGUAAUAAUAUUGCGUAUUUUUAUAACGCACGUUAAGUGUUGCGUGGUUUAAGUGCUCUUAGUAAUGUGAUGUGCAACCACGAAUUCUGUUAUAAUUGCAGAGAAUCAAGCAUCAUAUUCAUUGAAAAUGAUAGUUUGUAUUUGUAUGCGCGUUUUAUGAGUAGAAAAACUGCGAACCAUAAGUUGCACAAAUGAAAAGAGAGAAAAGAAAGCGAUAGGAGCAUUAGAGCUAACAACCAAUCAAAAAUAUAUAGAAGAGAAAGAGAUUAUAGUUCUCUAAAUAUUAUUUUUCACUUAUUAGUUUUCACUUGAGCUUUGUGCAACUGUCGAUAAAAUGCAAUUUGUAUCUUUAAUAUAUGGCACACGCAACAUGCGUAUAAAGUCCCAUAAUAAAGUUAUUUAAGCUUUAACUUUUCUGAAAAACGAGGGAGAAAAUCAGCUUGAGAAAUAAGAGUUUGAUGUACAACAAUUUUGACAUAGAAAUAUUAUUAAGUUAAAUUGAAAUAAAUUUCGAAAGCAUUUCAGAGAGAUGUAUCAUGCUGUAUAAAUAAUAUCUUGAUCGUAAUAUGCAUUGAAAAUACAAUGUGUAUAUAAACUUGAACUAUUAUCAAGAAUAAUGGUUAUAUGAUGAAUGCAAGCUGAUAAUUCUCUUCUUUGUAUACAGCGGAUAUAUAUUUUGAUUUUAUCAUAUAAUAUUUUUUCACUGAAACCUAGGCAGUUCAACACAUAGAUAACGAUGAAUAAAUACUUGAGUAAUGUGCUCUAAUCAAAGUA